AAGGUUUCUUCAGAUGAUCAGCCCACAACAAAGGUCACGCAGGGAGAUUCGCACCUCUGGGGCCCGCACUGCUGAUACCACAAGAAGACACAAAUUCACACGUUCCAGGACCAAAACAUCCCCACUUCCUGCAACGACACAGAACGAUACGAAGCAGACUCUCAGACUCCCUCCUUCAGACUCCCUGUUCUUGACAGCAGCCCGUGAGGGUAAAGAAGUGUGGAGAGCCUACAAACAUCGCCGUGGAUCGGGACAUAUCUUCAGGGUUGUCAGAAUGGACAGACCAAGCUCAACGGACUCUCUCAUGCUGAGAUCUCUCGUUGAUCGCUAUCACGACUUAGUGUCUUCCCAGAAAAUACGCAGAAGUGAAAGAAGUUUUGAAAACGAGACUAAAGACUGUUUGUCAGAGGAUGACAGCGGAGAAACUGGAGAAUCAAAAUUUUCUCAGCGUCACAAGAAUGAACCCAAAUGUUCUUGCAGUGCACAGGGAAAUUCCAAACUUAGCGAGUUAAGCACAGCAGUUGCAAAUGAAGUAUGCACGAAAUCCUCUAGAAUGAAAGAUUCUCACAUGGACUCCAUGGCAAACAUGAUGCCUUUGUCUCAGUUAGACAGCAGUAGUAAAAAUGUGUACAAUGGUAGAAAGACUAGAGGUGAACUUUUAAAAAUGAGAAGAAACGAACUGCAACAGGCUACACAUAUUUCCAAGGCAGUAAUAUCCAACAAGACGACCUCUCCAACCCCCGUAAAAGUAAUGGGUAGUAUCAACGAUGACAGUGACAGUGAUUCAAAUGCUUCCAACAAAUAUGCCAAGAGAGAUGUAAGUUUUGGGCAUGAAUGCUUUGAUGAAGAAACAAUCUCCCGGAGAAGAAAGUCUUUGACAGAGGACAGAUCGACCAAAGAAGCGGAACAUGGGGCAAAUGCCGAAUCUAGAAGCCUCAGUAAGCUAUCUCGCUGCAGCAACGUGAGUAUCAGAUUAAUAGACCACCUGAACAAAGCAGUGAUGUUACCAUCAGAUACUAACAACGAAAUCAUGAAUCAGAAAGAAAAGGUCAAAGUUUUCAGCACCGAAGCAUGGCCAUUAAGUAACAAUACUUGUGAGCAAAUCCCCAACUUGAAGGACGCUUUUGAAGCUAAGCACAGUGACUAUGCAAAGAAAGUACUCCAAGAACAAAAUACGGACGUCAUUGGUAAAGGGGAUUCGCGUUGGUCAUUCCAACCCAUCACACCGGAAUCGUCUAGUGGGGACACAUCUCGUACUUCCGCUAUUGGGAUUGCCAGUUUGACAGAAAUCGACUAUAGUCCCACUUUGCCAAGUUUAAGUGCAGAUUCUCCCCAGUCCAUUGACUAUACGGAGUUAUCAUUUUCAGAUAUUCAACAGAUUCAACGCUCAAAGCUUCGCCCAACCUCACCAACCGUUGGUCAAGAAGAAGAGAUUUUAAAUGAUAUUUUCAAAAUUACUAAGAAAACAGAAUCUGAUAUUCUGCCAGGAAGAAAGCAAUUUUCACCAUCUAGGAAGAAACUGAAGUCAGCUCUAACAUCAAACUAUACGUCUAGUGUGAUCGAGUCUGCGAGUAUGAGGAAGAAAUCACCUUCUGUAAUGCAUAAAGACGCCGCUUGUCAGUACUCUCCGCCUUUUUCUGAACAGACCAGAAGAACUUUGCAAGAAAUAAUCCCUCUUGACAAUUCAGCUAAAAGUGGAUCUCUGGAGCUGUCACUGAAUGCAAAGAGUAAACCUGAUAAGCAAUCUAACAAACAGAAAGCGAAAAAGACUUACGUGCCUUUCAUUUUCUACUCCGAUUCAGAAAGCGAUUUAAACUCCGGUACUGUCGUGGACAGCAUCAACAAACAGAAAGUUAAACUGAUGGACAGAGAAUCGGACGAUUCGAUGGACCUUUCUAGAUAUUCGGGUGUAAACAGUCCAAGUGUGGUUCCAAAAUGUUUCCAAGCUCCUCGCAAUACAAACACAUGUUGCUGUCAUAAUUCGGACUCUAAAUAUAGAACAAAGCCCCGAAGUUGUGAAGAAAAAAUAUACCAUGACAGUCAUCAGGGAACCUGUGGCAAACAACAACUCUCCAAAGAAAAACAGGGGGAUCCUUGUUUAACUUCUAGACAAAAAGAAAAUGUGUCUCUCUCUGGUUCUUAUAAAAACCUGAAUUACUCAAACAUGAGCGACAGUGAAAGCGUCGCUGGAAUGACUACCAUGAGUCCCUCAAGGCCGCCUCGUAGCGUUUUCUCUGAAAUGGACUCCAUUCUGACGUCACAAAGGACGCCCAUGACGCUCAGAGAACUCCAGACGAUGGUGGCUGAGUCCAAGCAAAAUAGUCACUUCACCCUCAGUCAGAACAUCAACACCAACUACGAACAAUUUGACCUCCAGAAGGAACUGGUCUCUAACUGCGAGAACUCUAGUACUUUUAUAGGAGAAUAUCUGCUGAAAUUAUGGCGUAGUCAGUGCCUCUGUGAUGUCCAAGUGCAGGUGGGACAAGACUGUUUCAUGGCCCACAAGUUGGUCCUGGCUGCCUUCAGUGAUGUGUUCUGUCCGACGACACCCCAGCCUCCUCCAUCAGUCUGCUUCAACAUUCCCGACAGCUCGCCAGAGGCGGUCUACCAGAUCUUCAGGUACCUGUACACAUCCAGCAUGGAGUUACGUGAUGAACUCUUAGAAGCCACGCUUAGCGCUGCCUUGUUCAUGGGCAUUACAGAGGUAGUGGACGUGGUGAAGGACAUUCUCGAAAAACCUACAGUGGAAAAUGUUACGCUGUAUCUCAACAUCAAAAACAAAUUCGGCAUGAGGUCCAGUUUCAUGGACUACCCAGAACUUAUGCACAAAAACUUCAAGGAAUUAGCGAAAUCUCCAGAGUUUUUGGAGGUUUCAGUAGACGACAUCGAACGAGUACUGCAAGACCCAGAUGUUCUCGUGGACUCUGAACUGGACACUGUUCGAGUGUUGGCCUCCUGGGUGGAGUACAAUCUGUUCACACGUUGCACCCAUCUGCCUCGACUCCUGGCCCUCAUUAACUUUGAGUGUAUCAGCCCAGCGACUAUUGCGACUCUGCAGCCUCAUCGGCCAAGUUCACCCCCGGCUCCUUCAUGCUACAAGUGGCAAAUUCGGAAGGGAGCCAAAUCUUGGGUGAAGACACUGAUAGAGAAUCUCACAGAAUACGUUUCAGUCAAAAGAAAGAGUCUAAAGAGUCCAAUUUGAAAUCAACUGUUGGUCAUGACGCAUCACACGAGGACAAAAGUACCAAUUAUACUGGUGGCUCUGCCGGGCUGCGCUCGAAGCAAGGUAGUAGAGGAAACCGUGAAGAUAAUGGUAAAUCUACCCGGUCUCAGAGCAGUGGGAAAGUCCCGAGGACGAAGCCAAACAGCAAGUCAGGGCUAAGAACACGACAGAGGCACCCAACAGCCGUCCCCAAUGAACGUUAUCCUUCGAGAGCGAGCAGGAGGUCGGCAAGGCGCCCUCUAAGAAGAGACAGUUCUCCUGAUGCCUUGUGCAGGAGCUCUAAGUCGUAUCGAUCACCGUUCAGGCAUACAGGACGGUAUAUGAACAACAACAAUAACGUUUCUCGAGUAAAAGGCGAUUCUGCAAAGCGAGAGAACGAAAAGUAUGGAUGUCCUGAAAAUCUGAGCAGCCGAUUGCUGAAGAAUGCAGGCACAGGAGUCGGACCAGAAAAGUCAAGCCUUUGUGAUUGCAUUACCGGCAAUAUUGGUAUGGAAUCUUUAAAUGUUGAAGAGUACAAGAAUAAGACAUUAGUCAGAGAAGAAAUACGUAUCCCAUGCAACAGUGGAUUACCAAGGUCAUUGGAUCCAGCAAACAAGCACAGUGAGGGUAGAGGAGGUAAUAGUCUGUCCUGUUUUCGAUCGAGCCCGACUAGUACGAAUUACAAAGUACGGUGCGCUUCAAAUUUAAUUGCAUUACAACGCCACGAAGAGACUUUAAAAUUUAAAGAAACCAAUUGCAUGAAAAUAAGCACACAAAAGCUGAACUCAGCAUCUUCUCUGGGACACAAUGACCGAAUUUCAGCUUUCAAAACAUAUGUGGCGCCAAGGGAAUCAAAGUCAAGUGUAACCGUUGAAAACCAGAAGUGUGCUCCUAAUAUGUCAAUGAACGGAUGCAGUAUAUUAGAUCUUUUCCCUCCAAUUGAACAUGAAUCAGGGAAUAACAAUAACUCGCACGGCGUAGAGUCUGAAGAUGUAGAUCACACAAGCAGUAUCCAAUACUUCCAGGAGGUGAGGGAAGUCAGUCUAUCCAGCAGGUCAUCUCAUCAUGAAAUCCAAUUUCCUUUGAAUAUUCAUGUUUCGAAAGGGAGGGCUAAAGAUUACGAUACCAGCUCAGAGUUACUUGAAAUAAACUCAUACCUUAACCUAGAGCCUUCUAACAAUUGCCCUGAAAGCUCAAAGGGAAUGAAGAAAGUAUCGAAAGCAAAUGUGGACAACCACCAUAGUAUGUGACGAUAAUUAUGGCGAGAUACUGGUUAUUUUGUUCUAAGCUAAAGGGGGGUAACUAGUGUAUAACUAAAUCAACUCAAACGACAACACGGGUUAUCAUGUGUAUACUAUCGGGAACAGAUUUUCGGAAAGCAAACGACACUUUGAAAAUGACGACCCACUUUGUUAUCUUUUGCUUCAUAUUCUAGAAGUUAGGGGUGCAGACGCAGUACGUAGUGACAUGAGCCUAAUCGGGCUACUCAGCAGCCGAAGAGAGUGGUACUUCUGAAAAAAGGAGAAAUCUGGAGUUGUAGCGUCUCCUUGCUUUGGACCUUCAGCUCUUUAUGUAAACAACAUACUUUUUUUCUGAUAUAAAGGACAAGACGUGUUCUCAUAGAAAAACAGAAUAAAAUUGGUUCGGCCACCUAGGCUGUUACGAAAUGUCACCUAACCAGCCAGCCUCGAGAGCCUAUAACACCAAGUACUCGGGCUAUAAAGGACGAGGUAAACCAAGCAAAAGAUGGAUUAAGGGAGUCAAGGAAACCCUGCAAAAUUAUAAUAUCCCAUUGAAAGAGCCGCAGAGCUGAUCUACCAUAGAAAACGGAAUCUUCCCUUGACCCUUUACGGCAACAGAGGAUGGAAAAGUAAAGAAAAGUAAAAGUUGCAUAGGUUAAGACUAACAACUGAAACAAUUUAGAUCUUUUCCGAUUACUCUCUGCCAACAAUUUCUUCAAAACGAGGUUGAGAUGACUAUUGCUAUUCUUCAAUAAUCUCUUUGAAUUUUAAAUCAAUACAAUUUUAACUCUUUUUAAUUGUGAAUCGAGCACUCCUGUAUUCUGCUGUGGCGGCUUUGUGUAUUUGUCCACUUUGGAAAGUAUUUCCGAGUGAGUACUCUUUUUAUCCUCAAUUAAGUUAUAAAGACAUUAUUUCUCUGUUACAAAUUCCUCCUGCUGAUAGUUUUUCACAACGUAUCCACAUUUUCAUGAUGAUCAUCGUCCUGGAAUUCACUAAAUCGCUGUAAUGUAAUGUCCUUGAUUGAUGUGUUAUUCUUCUUUUCUAAGUAGGCCUAAACCGUAGAAUGGGAGGGGACAAGAGCUACAGUAUGCUUAGUGCUAUUUGAUUAUUGUUGCUCGAGAUCACUUUGAUGUCGAAUCCUUGAAAACGGGACAGCAUUUGCGAAAGAUACUACUCGCACCUUGUCCUUCCUCUUCAAAGUGUCAGUGUCGAAUUAAAAAAAAAUAUUGAUAAAAAAUGUAAGUGGUUGCUUCAUUUUUGCAUUACUGAAUGAACAAAAGAGCAAAAGCAUCAUUACAACUUACAUCUUAACGUUAACGAGAGAAAAAUAAUCUUUGUCAAAACCUCACAUGUGCCCUUUUAGUUUGAUGUCAAAUCAAUCAAUCGUAUUUCGCAUUCUCACCGAAACGCAAAUGAUUUGUAGAAAGUUUCUGUUCUGGUUCUAGUCAUUAGGAAUAAACACUUAUGUGGAAGCAGCUAGUCUGGAUUUCUUGGAAAAUUCUAUUUUUUAAAUUUUGAAAAUGAAUAUUCUGAUGAGAUAGUAGUCCAGGCUGGUGUUUAGUAUACGAGUAAAAGUAUUAUUAAUAGAUAGCAUUUGUAUAG